GAGGCUCAUCCGCAGCGACCAGCUCAAGUUUUCGUCCCGAUUUACCCGCUCUGUUCCGCACGUCGCUUCCGCGAGCCUCCUCUGGCCUUCCUGCGAUCGGCCAUGGCGUUCGGCAGCUCCCUCCGAUUGCUCCUGCUGCAGAUCCCGCUGAGCCUGGGCUUCAACAGGACGGCGCCCAAGAGGCAGCUUCGGGGCCUCCUCUCCGACACGAUCUACUGCAACCCUUACCUGCAGCAGAUGUGCCCCCCAGGUGACGUGGCGUGCCCGCAGUGUGGUUCGGACAGGUGCGAGUGCCCCGGCAGCCCAGGUCCGAGCCCCAGCCCAGACACCAAGUGCAGCUGGGAGGAGCACGUGAACAGCGACGGCAACAAUUUGCUGCAAGCUCCCUGGUCCCAGGACCCGCAGGCGUGCUGCAACCACUGCGGCGAGCAGUCGGGGUGCGCGGCGUGGACCUUCAUUCAGGGCAGCCACGAGUGCUGGUUGAAGAGCUGGGUGCCGUCUAGGGACCAGUGGCGCUGGGACGACUCGGCCAUCAGCGGCCAAAUCGGGGCGCCGAGCUUCCAAGCGGCCCUUGAUGCGCCAAGCAACAGUUCGCUCCAGGGCCUCCUCUCCGAGACGAUCUACUGCAACCCCUACCUGCAGCAGAUGUGCCCCCCAGGUGACGUGGCGUGCCCGCACUGUGGUUCGGACAGGUGCGAGUGCCCUGGCAGCCCAAGUCCGAGCCCCAGCCCAGACACCAAGUGCAGCUGGGAGGAGCACGUGAACAGCGACGGCAACAAUUUGCUGCAAGCUCCCUGGUCCCAGGACCCGCAGGCGUGCUGCAACCACUGCGGCGAGCAGUCGGGGUGCGCGGCGUGGACCUUCAUUUUGGGCAGCCACGAGUGCUGGUUGAAGAGCUGGGUGCCGUCUAGGGACCAGUGGCGCUGGGACGACUCGGCCAUCAGCGGCAUACUGGGAGGUCGGUGACCUUCUGCAAUUUGGGUGUGGCCUGCGCACAAUACUGCAACCGUGCUGGUUCAUCUGGUCCGCCACCGUCUGUUGGCGUGCCAGGCUUGCCAGUGCCAAUAGAGCGCUGGAAGUACAGUGUGCAUGGUUGAGGAGGCGCUCCGCCGUCUGCGCCCCCCCUCGUCGAAAGUUCCGGUUGCCUUUGGCACGUCUUGCCAUUUCGCGCCACGUCGCGUUGACAUUGCCAUCAUCCCAUCCAGGACCGAUGCCCAGGUUUGUGGAGAGACUGUAAGUUUAUGACCACAUGGAGCAGCGAAGAGGUCAACAAUCAGCAAUUGACGCGUCGCGUACCCCCAUUCGCCCAGACAGCAGCGAUGUCCAGGCGAGUCGCCUUGACCAGGGAGGUGUAGAAACAUGCAGUGCAAGAAAGAAUGAGGAGAAGCCGUGAAAACGAUUUUUUUGAUCAGCCUGAGCAUACCCAUGUGUGCACCUAAUAUUUGUUCGCG